AGUCCCCACCCACCCACAGCAUCACACUAAAACGCACGCCCACCUUUCAAAAUGUCCAAAUCUCCUCUCUUCCUCCUGUUCCUCUUCCUCCUCCUCCUCCUCAACGUUGAGGCUAAACCAGCCAAUUUCAUCAAAACAAGCCCAAGCCCAUCGAAGGCCCGUCUAAGACGGAAGAUCAGCCACCUCCACUUCUACUUCCACGACAUCGUCAGCGGCCGCAAUCCCACCGCGGUCCGGAUCACCCAACCCGUUAACAACUCCUUAUCCAUAUUCGGAAUGAUCUCCAUGAUGGAUGAUCCGUUAACCCAAGGCCCAAGCCCAAACUCGACAGAAGUAGGCCGGGCCCAGGGAAUGUACGCCGGUGCUGCCCAAGAUGAGGUGGGCUUUUUGCAGGCCAUGAACUUGUGUUUCACUGCGGGGAAGUAUAACGGGAGCGUGUUAACGGUUCUCGGGCGCAACGCCCCGAUGCACCCGAUAAGGGAGAUGCCCGUUAUUGGAGGGAGUGGGCUGUUUAGGUUUGCUAAUGGGUAUGCUUUGGCUAGGACUCACUGGUUUGAUUUGAACACAGGGGAUGCAACUGUAGAGUAUAACGUCACCGUUAUGCAUUAUUGAGGUGGGCCUUGGGCUUGGGCUUCGAUUGGCUCAAUAAUUGUGUGUUACAGUUGUUUUAUACGGUUUACAUUGGCCUUUUUGUUUGUUUGGUGAUGUUUCUGAUUUUGUUGUUAGUGGAGAAUCUUACUAUGUAUCUUCGCUCUUUGGCAAUGGAAGUUAAAAUAUACAUACAUCUUUAUCAGGUA